AUGAUUGAAAAUGGACUGUUAAGAUUAUGGUGUAUAUUAGGAUUCCUGGUAUCGGCAUAUGCCACGUAUGUCGAAAUAAAUUUAAUUCUAAAUAAAGAUUAUAAGGCACUGUGCGACCUUGGACCGAAAAUAAGUUGUACAGCGGCAUUCAGUUCAGCUUACGGCAAAGGUUUUGGAUUCUUGAACAGUGUAACUUCAACUUCUAGCAUAUGGUCUAAAUGGAAUCCACCAAAUGGCAUAUUUGGUCUGAUAUAUUAUGCCGCUUUAUUUGCAACAGCAAACAACAACCAAACUCUAUGUCGUGUAAUUCAAUUCAUAUUUUGCAUCUUAUCCAAUCUGAUGUCCAUAUACCUAGCCUAUAUACUCUACAUAUUGGAUGAUAUAUGUGUGGUGUGUAUUUCCAUAUACGUAAUCAAUUUGCUGUGCUUGUGGGAAAUGCUAAGAACUGACAAAUGGACACAAUAUUUUCGCAUUCGAAGAAACCAGUCCUUAAAAGCAGACUAA